CGCAUGCGCAACCAUGCCACAUGGUUAGCAGUAAGUUUUACGGUUUUCAAGAUGGGUGCUGGUUAAUAAGACAUGUGAGAUAUUUUACCUAAGACAUUCGUGUUAAAGUCAAGCCAAGUUCAGGUUUCCGCUUUCGGCUUGGAUAAGUUGUCCUGUCCUUAAAAAAAAUGGGGAAAACAAAGAACCAAAAGAAAGCCCGGGAGGCUACCAGUCGUGUGGCCGAGGAGACCUACUCAACUGUACCGCACACUUUCGUGUUUCAUCGUGGACAGAUCGGCAAAAAUGUUGGUCAGCUGGUGUUAGACAUGAGACGAGUCAUGGAGCCGUUCACUGGCAGAUCUUUAAAGGUGCGGAAGAAAAACGUCUUGAAAGAUUUUGUUACAGUGGCCGGGCCAUUAGGAGUCACGCACUUCUCAAUAUUCACCAAAACAGACAAUACUAUAAACAUGAGGCUUGCACGUCUACCCAAAGGUCCAAUGUUAUAUUUCCGUGUUGCGAAGUACACCCUCAUCAAAGAUGUAGUUUCAUCUUUAAGGAGGCACAGGAUGCACGAACAGCAGUUUUCCCAUCAUCCUUUGCUAGUGUUGAAUAAUUUUGGCAUUGAGGGCAUGCACAUCAAGCUGAUGGCCACCAUGUUCCAGAACAUGUUCCCUUCGAUCAAUGUACACAAGCUCAACCUUAACAGCGUAAAAAGAUGCGUGCUGAUAAAUUAUGAUCCUGUGUCCCAGGAGGUGGAGUUUCGUCAUUAUAGCUUGAAGGUGGUGCCCGUGGGCAUGAGUCGAGGGGUGAAGAAGCUCAUGCAAGAGAAGUUUCCCAACAUGAACAAGCUGGAGGACAUCAGUGAGCUCCUCAUGAAAGGUGUCAACCUUUCAGAGAGCGAGGCAGAGCAGGAUGGGGACCACAACAUCACAGAGUUGCCUCAGGUGUACUCGGGUCGUGGAAACAUGGCCUCGCAGCAGAGCGCAGUUCGGCUAACGGAGAUUGGCCCCAGAAUGACUCUGCAGCUGGUGAAGAUAUUAGAAGGCAUGGGGGAAGGAAAAGUGCUUUAUCAUUCCUUCAUCUCGAAAACAGAGGAUGAACUUCAGGAGAUCCUGAAAAGGAAAGAGGCCCGUCUGAAGGAGAAGGAAGAACGGAAGAGAAAGCAAGAACAGAACAUUGCCCUUAAAGAAAAACGAGAUCAGAACAAGAAAAGGAGCUUGGAAGGCAUCAAGAGAAAGCGGCAAGAAGGGCAGGAAUCAGAUGAUGAGGUGGAGGAUCCUGGAAAACAGGAGGACCAGGCUCCAGCGGAGGAGUCUGAGGACGAAGCAGAAUAUUACAGACAAGCUGUGGGGGAGGAACCAGAUGAAGACAUGUUUCCUGGUGCAAAAAGGAAGCGUGCUCCUGGAAAGUCUCCAAUGCCCUUUAAAAAGAAGAAGCUGUCACAGGGGAAAGGCCCUCCUCAUGACAAAAGGAGUUUUAAGUCGUCUGACAGGGGUGAUAAAGAUGGCAGAAAGCGGUUUGGGGAUAGAAAACCGCUAGAGGGAAGAAACAGGUUUAGGAAGAGCGAAGGAGGCAAAAAAUUUGGUCAAAAAGGCGGUAGAUUUGCAGGGCAGAAAAAAAGAGAUGCCGGUAAGAAGUUUGGUGGACAGAAAACGUUUAAAGGACGUGCCGGUAUGAAACAACAAAAAAGUUCUGGAGGAAAAAGGGACUUCAAACACAAGAAAGGAAAAAGCUGAAGGAACUGAAAGCGAGGUUGGACGCAUCUAAAAUUGCUUAACCACAAGAUGGGACUGUUGCUUCACUUAUGCGUCAUGUAAUAUAUGACUGAUGUAUCAUCACAACUCAAAAUCAUCAGCAGAUCAAUGUUGCUUUAUGUCAGACUUGUGUCUUGUAUAAAUGUUCAUAGAUUUGGAUACAUUUACAAAUAAAUCUUUUCAAACCAUCAA